AUGGCUGCAGCAGACUGGAGUGGCGAAUCGGUGAUCAUGGUGGCCCCAACGAUGACGGCUCUAAUUAUGGCAACUCCAGCUAUAGUCACGUCCACAUUUCCCAUGACAGUUGCCAGCACAACAACUGGCAUCUCAGCAGCAGCGGACGGCAAUGAGAUUGUGGACCGGGAACCAAGCUCAGAGGCAUCGAUAUUAGUCAUCGCCAGCAUCAUCAGCGUUUGUCUUUCUUGUAUCGCACUAUGCGCCCUUUUAUGCUGGUCGAGGCGCAUGAUCGUUAAUCGUGGUGGAGAUCUAACAGCAAAGCAUCGUAUUCCCGAGCUGCAAACUGGAGCGGGUGACACCGGCGAAGUGAGUGAGCAGGACGUCGCAGAUCAGUCCCGCAUGUUGGGCAUCAGCCUCGAUUUUGCAAUCAGUGUCUUCCCUGAAGAAGCCCAAGUGAUGGUGGAACGCUUUGUCAGGCUCGCCCUGACACAGCAAAGCAGAUCAGAGCGUACUCAAUCCCUCUUGACCAAGAUUUCAGUGGCGGGCGACUUAGGCGGCAAUGUACACACCAUGAAUUUCCUCGAGCUGGCAGAUAUUGUCGCGCACGGCGAGGUCGCCUACGGUAAGGGAUUGAUAUGUCCGCGCGAUGGGAUGCUAGACUGCAGCAUCGUCGACGCAGUCCGAAGCAGAGGGCAUUCCGCCAGGGCAACUGUAUUCUUAUCUUGGUUCUGGCAGUACAAGCUCAGCAUGGUAUUGAGUUCUCUUCGCAAGUUCCGCUCGAGGCUAACAAAUCCGGAGCAGUGUUUUGUAUGGUGGUGUUUUUUCCUAAACAACCAGUUCCGCAUUUUGGGAGACAGUAAGCCGCAAGACUUUUUCACUUUAAAGACAAUCUUUGCCACGCAGCUACGGAACGUCGGAAGGAUGGUCGCUAUGAUGGAUCGGGUGGUGGAGUCCCGGUACUCUACAAGAUUGUGGUGCCUUUUUGAGGUCUUCACUGUCACAUCGGAGGAGAUACCCUUCGAAGUACUUUUGCCAUCAGAGGCCUCAGUGGAGAUCGAUAUCCUUCUCCAGCAGGGAGGCCUCGGCCAGUUGAGGUCUGCAAUUCAGGUCGAUGCAGGACAGGCUCGGGCAUCCUUCGAGGACGACGAGAAAAACAUUAAGAGCAUGAUUGAAGACAUGCCAGGCGCUUAUGAUACACUGAACAAGGCCGUGCGCACUGAGCUACGACGGGCCGUCGAGGCCGAGAUAUCGCUUCUAGUGGGCGAUGCCUUGCGCAAGUCCAUUUGA